AUGGAGGCUAUAUCAAGACCACAAUUUCAGCAAAGAUAUGAUCCAAAUUCUGCCACCUACAAUCCGGGUUGGAAGGAUCAUCCAAAUUUGAAGUACGGGAAUUCCUUCUACCAACAACCACCUCAAAACCAGAAUGUGCAGAAUUUUCAGCAACCUUUACAAGGGUUUCAGCAAUCCAACGCUCCAAAUCAGUUACAAUAUCAGCAAUUUCAGCCACUUGCUGUUCCAAACCAAUUCCAGCAUCAAAAUCAGCAAUUUCAGCAUCCUAAUCAGUUCCAAAAACAAUCAUAUGCCGCUUUCCAUCCACAAAAUCAGCAACCAAAUUUUCAGCAGCAAAUUCAAAAUUUCCAGCAACCUGCACAGAAUUUCCAGCCAACACAGAAUUUCCAGCAAUCUAUUCAGAAUUGGCAGCAACCAAAUUCUUCUUUUUCUUCUCAACCAAGGUCUUAUUCAAAUCAAAGUGGUAAUAACAAUUCAAAUGCAGCAAGUACACAGCAGCAGCAGAAGAUGGAGGAUAUUAUGCAGUAG